AUGGGCAUGCCGCCAUCUCUCCAUUCGCAGGAAAUGCAAACUACGUUCACAGGGCCGGUUCAAAGUUACCCUUGGACGCGGCACAGCGACGAAGACGAGGACGAUGCGGAUAAAGCUCCCCAGCCUGCUGCCGCGCCCGUGUCGAGCGCGGGCGGUGGGGGAGAAAUCGAGGACAGUAUUACAGAUGUAGCUGCUUCGCCGUAUAUGCCUUCUGCUAGCGCUAAUAGUGUUCCCCCAACACCAAUGGCUGCGAAUGUUAAUGUCAACGCCCCUAUUUCCACCGGUGUACGACUGACAGCCAAGACCUGCCCAGUAUGUCUGAAAGCUUUCACGCGGAAAACGUCUCUAAACACUCACAUGCUCAUCCAUGCAGAUAUACGGCCAUAUCGUUGCCGAUACAACGACUGUAACAAGACCUUCAAUGUUAAAAGCAACCUCAAUAGACACUUGAAGAUACACAAGAAACAGGAACUGCUUUCCGAGAAGAGUUCCCUGCAGGAUACUGAUUCUGGCCGUUCAAGCGAAUUGUAG